CGAACGCCGCGGUAUGGCCAGCAGCCUACCCAUGAGCUCAGAUUUCCAGCAUUACAGCUUCAGGAUGCCGAACAUCGGGUUCCAGAACCUGCCUCUCAACAUAUACAUCGUGGUUUUUGGCACGGCCAUCUUCGUCUUCAUCCUCAGUUUACUCUUCUGUUGCUACUUGAUCAGGCUCAGACAUCAAGCCCACAAGGAGCUUUACGCCUACAAGCAGGUUAUCCUGAAGGAGAAGGUGAAGGAGCUGAACCUGCAUGAGAUCUGCGCCGUCUGCUUGGAGGAGUUCAAGCCCAAAGACGAGCUGGGCAUCUGCCCGUGCAAACAUGCCUUCCACCGCAAGUGCCUCAUCAAGUGGCUGGAGGUGCGCAAGGUCUGCCCGCUGUGCAACAUGCCCGUGCUGCAGCUGGCGCAGUUGCACGGCAAGCAGGACGCGCUGCCCGGCGCCCCCCACGCCGUAUAG